UAAAUAUUCCAUAAAAUAGUGUUUCGUUGUUAUAACAAAGAAACAACAAACAAAAUCUAAAAAUAUCCCACCUGAACUAAGCACAGUAGAAUAUGCCAGAGUAGGUUCACUGUUAUAGAGAAUAAAGAUGCUUUAACUUCCCUUGAUCUAUUUUUGCAGCCUACAUUUACAUGAGCAUUCCUGUCUGCCACCUGUUAGCGUUUCAUGUUGAGCUUAUAUGGUCAGCUAACACGUCCAAAUCUUUAACCAAAUCUUUAACAACCAUCGUCUAUGUGUAUGCAAAGAAGCCUUUUCACACGGAUGUCCUUAGAGAUAAUAUGGAUCAGUCCGGAGUGCUCCUCUGGGUAAAAGCAGAACCCUUUAUGGUGGGUGCCUUGCAGGUCCCCCCUCCAUCCAAGUUCAGUCUUCACUAUCUCAGGAAGAUAUCCACCUAUGUGCGAACCCGGGCCACAGAGGGAGCUUACCCACGCCUGUACUGGUCUACAUGGAGGCACAUUGCGUGUGGGAAACUGCAGCUGGCUAAGGAUCUGGCGUGGCUUUACUUUGAAAUAUUUGAUAGUCUUGCAGUGAAGACACCGGAGGAGCGCCUGGAAUGGUCUGAGAUUCUGUCCAACUGCAUGACUGAGGAUGAGGUCGAAAAGCAAAGAAAUCAGCUUUCAGUGGACACCCUACAGUUUCUGCUCUUCUUAUACAUCCAGCAGUUAAACAAGGUCUCCUUGAGGACAUCUUUGAUUGGAGAAGAGUGGCCUAGUCCCAGAAACAGGUCUCAGUCUCCUGACCUGACGGAAAAAUCCAGUUGUCAUAAUAAGAACUGGAAUGAUUACAGUCACCAAGCUUUUGUCUAUGAUCAUCUGUCAGAUCUUCUUGAGCUGCUUUUAGAUCCAGAACAACUCACUGCAUCAUUUCAUUCGACACAUAGUAGUCUAGUCUCCCAAGAAGCUGUCGUGGCGCUCAGCUUUCUUAUUGAAGGUACAGCGAGUAGAGCCGGGAAGAUAUAUCCACUUCAUGAACUUGCAUUGUGGCAACCACUGCAUGCAGAAAAUGGCUUCUCAAAGAUCUCUAAGACCUUUUCUUUCUACAAGCUGGAAGCCUGGUUGAGAGCCUGUUUGACUGGGAAUCCGUUUGGUACAUCUGCUUGCCUCAAGUCUGGAAAGAAAUUGGCUUGGGCUCACCAAGUUGAAGGGACGACCAAAAGAGCCAAGAUUGCUUGUAAUACUCAUGUGGCCCCUAGGAUGCACCGCAUGGUGGUGAUGAGCCAGGUUUACAAGCAGACAUUGGCCAAGAGCUCAGAUACUCUGGUGGGGGCACAUGUAAAGAUUCAUCGUUGCAACGAAUCUUUUAUAUAUCUGCUCUCUCCCUUACGAUCUGUGACAAUUGAGAAGUGCAGGAAUAGCACCUUUGUUCUGGGCCCUGUACAGACUGCUCUUCACCUCCACAGCUGUGACAACAUUAAAGUCAUUGCUGUUUGCCAUCGUUUGUCCAUCUCUUCUACAACAGGUUGCGUCUUUCACAUUCUGACGCCUACACGCCCACUUAUUCUCUCUGGGAACCAGACAGUAACUUUUGCCCCUUUUCAUACUCAUUACCCAAUGCUGGAGGACCAUAUGGCCAGGACCGGCCUUGCUACAGUGCCUAACUAUUGGGAUAAACCAAUGGUUGUGUGCAGAGAGAACAGUGACACUAGUGUCUUCCGACUCUUACCACCUUGUGAAUUCUACAUAUUUAUUAUUCCUUUUGAAAUGGAAGGGGACACAACAGAGAUACCUGGGGGUCUUCCAUCUGCAUAUCAGAAAGCACUGGGUCAAAGAGAGCAGAAGAUACAGAUCUGGCAGAAAAUUGUGAAGGAGGCUCGUUUGACAAAGGAUCAAAGAAAGCAGUUCCAGGUACUUGUGGAGAACAAGUUUUAUGAGUGGCUGAUUCAUACAGGACAUCGCCAACAGCUGGACAGCCUCGUGCCUCCUGCAGCAGGCUCCAAACAAGCAGCAGGAUGAGUAAGGCUCCUGCAUCACACACUGGGCUCUAGAAACAUGAGGACGAAUGGAAGAUGGUACACAUCUUGAAACUAAAUUGAGAAGGUGCUCUUGCUGCUUAAGAGACUUUGGGGCUUUUUCUUUUAUUUAAGACCUUUCCUUAAUUUCCAUUCCAUACUUAUUUACUACUGUUUACAUUGAAUUUCAGCUAAACUUCUGACUGUCCUAUAAACAUAUUAUUUAUAGAGCAUCAGAAGGCUCAUCUUUGUGAUGCCAAAAUGAAAACCUGGAUGAAGGCAGUCCCAUUGUAUGUAUGUUAAUAUUAAAGUUAUUGAGUAUAGAUUUACAGGUAAACUUCACAUUUUAAUUUCUAUGAUGAAAGGGUUUCAUCCUUUCUAGAGUUAAAUAAGAGUUUUAUAGUUGUUUGUAACUAUUUAAAAGGAAGUUGUUACUCCUUUAAAAGAAUAAUUGGGAUGAAAGUAUGAUUUGUUGGUGUAUAAAUUGCAGAAAUAGUUUUAUACAAAGAUAUUUUAGUCCUUAAAGUAUGAAACAAUGAAAUUGUUUAGAAUCUUUAUUUUUCAUUUUCUGCUUUAAAUUUUCAAUAAAUAAACUCUAAAA